AGCGCUCCCGGAAGUGACCAGAUCCGAAUCGCAGGCCGAGCGCACGUCCGUCAGCCCGUCGGUCCGCUGGUCCGCUGCUCUGUACCCCAAGCGCCUCGGCCCUCCUCGCCGUCCCGCCUUCUUUCUGGCCCAAACUGUGGGCAGGGUGCUCAGCAUGGCGACAUUCAUCUCGGUGCAGCUGAAAAAGACCUCGGAGGUGGACUUGGCUAAGCCGCUGGUGAAGUUCAUCCAGCAGACUUACCCGAGCGGCGGGGAGGAACAGGCCCAGUAUUGCCGCGCGGCGGAGGAGCUCAGCAAGCUGCGCCGCGCCGCCCUGGGCCGCCCGCUGGAUAAGCACGAGGGCUCCCUCGAGACGCUCCUGAGAUAUUAUGAUCAGAUUUGUGCCAUUGAACCCAAAUUCCCAUUUUCUGAAAAUCAGAUAUGCUUGACAUUUACAUGGAAGGAUGCUUUUGAUAAAGGUUCACUUUUUGGAGGAUCUGUAAAAUUGGCUCUUGCAAGCUUAGGAUAUGAAAAGAGUUGUGUGUUGUUCAAUUGUGCAGCCUUAGCUAGCCAGAUUGCAGCAGAACAGAACCUGGAUAAUGACGAAGGAUUGAAAAUUGCUGCUAAACAUUACCAGUUUGCUAGUGGUGCCUUUUUACAUAUUAAGGAGACGGUUUUAUCUGCCUUAAGUCGAGAGCCUACUGUGGACAUAUCUCCAGAUACUGUUGGGACCCUCAGUCUUAUCAUGCUGGCACAGGCCCAAGAAGUAUUUUUUUUAAAAGCUACAAGAGAUAAAAUGAAAGAUGCCAUCAUAGCUAAAUUGGCUAAUCAGGCUGCAGAUUACUUUGGUGAUGCUUUCAAGCAGUGUCAGUACAAAGACACUCUCCCCAAGUAUUUUUAUUUCCAGGAGGUGUUCCCCGUCUUGGCUGCAAAGCACUGUAUCAUGCAGGCCAAUGCUGAGUACCACCAGUCUAUCCUGGCAAAGCAGCAGAAGAAAUUUGGGGAAGAGAUUGCAAGGUUACAGCAUGCAGCAGAAUUGAUUAAGACAGUGGCAUCUCGCUAUGAUGAAUAUGUCAAUGUGAAGGAUUUUUCUGACAAAAUCAGCCGUGCCCUUACUGCAGCAAAGAAGGAUAAUGACUUCAUUUAUCAUGACCGAGUUCCAGACCUUAAAGAUCUAGAUCCUAUUGGCAAAGCCACACUUGUGAAGUCUACGCCAGUCAAUGUACCCAUCAGUCAGAAGUUCACUGAUCUGUUUGAGAAGAUGGUUCCUGUGUCAGUGCAGCAGUCUUUGUCUGCAUUUAAUCAGAGAAAAGCUGAUUUGGUUAACAGAUCAAUUGCUCAAAUGAGAGAAGCUACCACUUUGGCAAAUGGGGUGUUAGCGUCCCUUAAUCUUCCAGCAGCAAUUGAAGAUGUGUCUGGAGAUACUGUACCUCAGUCUAUAUUGACCAAGUCCACAUCUGUGAUUGAACAGGGAGGUAUUCAGACUGUUGAUCAGUUGAUCAAAGAACUGCCUGAACUACUACAAAGAAAUAGAGAAAUCCUCGAUGAGUCACUAAGAUUGCUGGAUGAAGAAGAAGCAACUGAUAAUGAUUUAAGGGCAAAAUUCAAGGAACGCUGGCAAAGGACACCAUCCAAUGACCUGUAUAAACCUUUAAGAGCAGAGGGUACCAACUUCAGAACAGUUUUAGAUAAAGCUGUGCAAGCAGAUGGACUAGUAAAAGAACGUUACCAGUCUCAUCGUGAUACCAUUGCACUUCUCUGUAAGCCGGAACCUGAGCUGAAUGCUGCUAUCCCCUCUGCUAACCCAGCAAAGACCAUGCAGGGCAGUGAGGUUGUAAAUGUCUUAAAAUCCUUAUUGACAAAUCUUGAUGAAGUAAAGAAGGAAAGAGAGAAUCUUGAGAAUGAUCUUAAGUCAGUGAAUUUUGAUAUGACAAGCAAGUUUUUGACAGCUUUGGCUCAAGAUGGUGUGAUUAAUGAAGAAGCUCUUUCUGUCACUGAACUGGAUCGAAUCUAUGGAAGUCUUACAACCAAAGUCCAGGAGUCUCUAAAGAAACAGGAGGAACUUCUAAAAAAUAUUCAGGUCUCACACCAAGAAUUUUCAAAAAUGAAACAAUCUAACAAUGAAGCUAACUUAAGAGAAGAAGUUUUGAAGAAUUUAGCUACUGCAUAUGACAACUUUGUUGAACUUGUAGCUAAUUUGAAGGAGGGCACAAAGUUCUAUAAUGAGCUGACUGAAAUCUUGGUCAGGUUCCAGAAUAAAUGCAGUGAUAUAGUAUUUGCACGGAAGACAGAAAGAGAUGAACUCUUAAAAGAUUUGCAGCAAAGCAUUGCCAGGGAACCUAGUGCUCCUUCAAUUCCUACACCUGCGUAUCAGUCUUCUCCAGCAGGCGGACAUGCACCAGCUCCUCCAACUCCAGCUCCAAGAACCAUGCCGCCUUCUAAGCCCCAACCCCCAGCCCGGCCUCCACCUCCUGUGCUUCCAGCAAAUCGAGUUUCUUCUGCUACUGCUCCAGCUCCAGCGGGGACUGGGACUGUAACCUCAGUUCCGACCCCAGCUCCCUCACAAACCCCUGGCUCAGCUCCUCUUCCACAGGCCCAGGGACCACCCUACCCCACCUAUCCAGGAUAUCCCGGGUAUUGUCAAAUGCCCAUGCCCAUGGGCUAUAAUCCUUAUGCCUACGGCCAGUAUAAUAUGCCAUACUCACCAGUGUAUCAUCAGAGCCCUGGGCAGGCUCCAUACCCAGGACCCCAGCAGCCUUCAUACCCUUUCCCUCAGCCCCCACAGCAAUCAUACUAUCCACAGCAGUAAUAUAUCUGCUCGGAAGCUCAACGGGUUCAGUUCAGAGGGAAAGAAGUACCAACUCUGCAAUAAGUGUACUAAACUCUGCGCCAUGCCUAAUAUAGUGUACUUUACUAUACUGAAUGCAGUGUAUAAUUUGUCUGCGGCUAAGAGCUCAGAGCUGUGCCCCAGUACCACAUUUGAUUGAACACGUGGGAUUUGCUGCUGUUGCAGUAUAAAUACUAGGUAUAAGAAGAUUUGAAAUAAAUACAUUACAGUUCAUAAAAGUUGAAAAUGAGAAAUUAAACCUGCAAGUGAAAUGUUUGAAACUAGCAUACUUUACAUAAGAUGUGGUUGGGACAUCAGAUCCUUAUAAAGAUGGUUUAAAUACUGAUAUUCAAAGAAACUAAAUUUUCUUUAUCUUUUGAUUUAUUGAUUUGGUUUAAUUUCCAUUAUGAUAUUUUACAUAAGACAUUGUAAAUCUUAUAAUUUAAAAAUAAAUUACUUAAGAACAGUUGUCAUUGUUAUGUUUUGUCAUUGAUUCUCAUUAUUGUCUAAUUCCUUUCUGGUAUUAGUCUCUCAUUUUGUAUGUUCACAAGUGAAACAUUACUAUGUUUAAGUGCACGAAGAGUGCAAGUUAAUAGGUUCAAAGACAUUUUAUAGGAAAACCAAAAGAAUAGUACCAUAAUUUAUCUUUCAUAUGCUGAUUAAUGAAUUAAUUUUGACAUGUAUUUUUAAAAGUCCAACAGUGUGGAAGAAAUACACAGUUGUUACUAAAGAUUCUUCAAGUAAAUAUACAAAUAUAUGAAAUCGAUACAAAUUCUGGUAGUAAUUCUUCAAUCUUUCAUAACCUGGUUAAAUAAGUAAAUGUUAUUGAUAGUACUAUCUAAUGUAAUAGAAUUGUAUGGAUAAAAUUUACUGUACCCUUCCAUUUUUCCCCUACUUUCUUAACCUAAUAAUAUUUAAUGCACAAUGUAUAUGAGUUGAUCUAAGCCCCUGCCCUUCUUUGCUUCUAAAAGAUUGGACUAUUUUAUAAUUUAAGUAUCAAACAAAACAACUGUUGGGACCACAUACAAAUUCUGGGAUAGUAAUAUGUGUUACUUCCUAUUCAUUUCUCCUAUUAGAAUAUUUAGUUACUGUGUGAACCUCGGUAGAAAUAUUGUAGGCUCACCAUGUGGAUGAUGAAAUGAGAAAGGCAUGAGUUGUCCAGUGUCACAAUGUUUUAUGUGAGGUUUAUUUCUGAACACAUUAGGCAUAUAAAAUGAUUUCCAGAGUAUUAUGUUAUUUUCUGAGUUUUAAAUGCUUUUUCUUGCAUUAUUGUUUCAUUUAAAUUAUACUGUUAUUCGAUCCACUGUUUUCAUUGAUAAUUCAGAUUCAUAUUUUAAAUGUUAGACUAAAAGUAUGAUUGUAAAAGGGAGUAAGUUGAUUUAAAAUAUGUUGUAUUUUAAAGAAUUUUAUUUUGUUGUUGUAUAUAGAAUAUACAGACAUGUUAAUUCAUGGAAUUUGAUGACAUGGAAUUUUAAAAUUGGUUUACAGUCCAGUAGUUGUCAUCGCAAGAAUAGUUUUUUUUAACAUAUCAUUACCAAUUUUUAAUACUUUGGAGUCAUUGAAGUGUGAGAUGGGUUUGACUCCUUUGUAAAUGGCAUUUAAGUUCUACAUUCUCAUCACUUGAGGUUUCUUGUACUUAACGUAAGAUACCUCAUAAAAGUUAGGGAUAUCCCAGAUUGUUAACUUAUAAUUCUUACUAAUGAGGAAACAAGGAAAAAGCAAAAUUGGCCUGAAUAUUCUCUUGGGGAAAAGGGUAAGUGCAUCAGAUGUCCAAAGAGAAGUAUACACCCAGUUAGCUAAGCCGCGUCUGAUCCCAGAGAGGUGAGGGAAAGUGUUUAGAACUCCCAGGAAAGGAGCCUUCAGACUUGCCCAACUGUUAGCAAAUCCUUUUUAGGUAGUGACUUAUUCUUGCUUGUCAGUUCACUCACCCUUUACAUUGUUACAUUUUCUUUUGGUCAUCCCUAUUCAGGUACAUAUGACCAAGUCUACAGCCUUUCACUGCUGGAUUUGUCUUCACAGGCCUGUCUAUAGUUUUGUUAAAUUGACAUGCAAAGAAGCCUUUUCCUACAUUGUAGCAAACAAGAAGAAAUCCCUCUUUGGAAUUGUGUUUGUUACCAAACUUUUUAAUCCUUUGCUUAGCUUCUUGUGUUCCACAAAAUAACCCAAGAUGUUAUGGAUAAUGCUGUUUAUUUGGAGCUAGGAGGAUUUCAUUCUGUGGUUGAGGUAUGUUGUUCCCAUGGAGGCUUUUUGUUAUCUAGCUAAACUAAGGGAGCCAUCCCCAUGUAUAUUGGGCUUUGCAAUACUGUUUUAAAAUGGAUUAAAAGUGAAGCUCUACAUAGAGGGAACUAGCCAGAAGUGGGGGGAAAGCUGCCUGACUUUUAUUUCUUAUUCCUAGUUAGUGACAGAUGACCUGACUUUGGAGUUCGGUACAAAGCUUUGAUCUAAAGAGAGCUAUUCCUAUACUCCUUUGUCUUAAUUAUCAGUUAAGAAGAACAGUCAUGUCACUGUAAUUAAGUCUUUGUGAAAUAUCUUUGUACCCAUACUCCAGCCUCUUUGUAGUUUAUAAUGACCCCCUCCAUCUAAAUAGUUGCAGAAAAAAAAAAGUGGAUUCACAGAGCCUUCAUGAUCCUACCAUUCUAUCCCAGUCAGCAGCCUUUCUAGUCAGAGAAGAUUUUAAAAAAAAGUUUUCCAUUAGAGCUUUACAUUUUGCAAAAGUGUUUUGUAUACAUUUUCUAAUUUCAUAAACAGGAUAAAAUGUAAUUUAGGUUUCGGUUUGCUAAUGGGGAUUUUUUGUCCCCAUAUGACUAGUAUAUUUUGAAGAAUCUUGCUACAACCCAGUGGUAUUUCAUAUUUUAAAGACUUGGGACAUUAGUUGAUGCACAAUACAAGACAGGAUACAAAGCAGGAAAAGAAAAUCCUGCUAUAGUCUUAUAAUUGCUGAUUUAAAUGUAGACUUUAGAACUAAAUGGUUGGUUAUAAGAUUUACAUGGAAGAGCAAAGAAGGAAAAUUAUAUUUUUAAAGAAAGAGAAUAUUCAGGCUUUAUUUCUGGUAUGAAGUUUAUAUAUUUUUUAAAAAAGGUCCUAUAUUAUCACACCAGAGAUUUUAGAUUCUUUUCUGGUUACAAACAUUACUGGUAGUUGGAUUAUAUUUUUAUUGUAUUCAUUUCUUUUAGGGGGAAAAUUGUAAAGAAAAAGGUUUGAGAUGAAUGUAUCCUAGAAAUAAAAGUUGAAAGAUUCUUAA